CGGCGCUGCCUGAUGACGUCAGUUAUGGACGACGCAGAGAAGGGAGAUGGAGAUGCGCUGGAAGUUUUGCGGGAGCUGGUGGACGGCUUGUACAGUUUUCGAGAUCACUACUUUGACACUCACAGUGUGGAAGAAGCCAGUCGAAAGCAAAGUGAUGUGGCACUGGAAAUGGAGAAGGUUCUGAAGAAACUCAAUGAGAUGGAAGGUCAGUGUAACAGCAGAGCUCAGUUUCUACUUCUGAAGGGUCGUACUUUGAAUAUUGUGGCUCAGUACAGCCCUGACGCAGAAGAGACGCUCUCCAAAGCUGUGAAGCUCGACCCCAGUCUGGUGGAUGCCUGGAACCAGUUGGGCGAGGUCUACUGGAAGAAAGGAGAUUUGACUGGAGCACAGACCUGCUUCUCUGGUGCACUCGGUCAUUGUGAAAACAAAGUUUCCCUCCGAAAUCUUUCCAUGGUCCUGAGACAAAUUCGAACCUCUGGUGAAGAUUACUCCACAAAUGUGUUUGAGAGCGUCAACAAGGCAAAGCAGGCGGUGCAGCUGGACAUCAAGGAUGGAACGUCUUGGUAUAUUCUUGGAAACGCAUACCUCUCCUUAUUUUUCAUAUCAGGACAAAAUCCAAAAAUGUCCCAGCAGGCUUUAAGUUCAUACACACAAGCGGAGAAGAUGGACCGGACAGCAAGUUGCAACCAAGACUUACACUUCAAUCGAGCGACGCUCUAUCAGUAUGAGGAACUGUAUGAACAGGCACUGGAAGGAUUCUCGCAAGCAUCAGCCUUGGACCCCUCAUGGCCGGAGCCGCCUGUCAGAGAGCAGCAAUUGCUGGACUUCCUGGACCGCCUCAGUACCCUUCUACAGAACAAGGGAAAAGUGAAGGCAAAAAGGCUGCAGAGUCUGUUGAGUAGCCUUCGAGCUAGUGAUCUAGGACCAUGUUGUAAUGGACAGUACCAGACACCAUCAGGGCAGCAGAUUAAACUGGAGAAGGAGCAACUGAGAGCUCUAAAGUCUGGAGUAAAUGCUGGUGUGGCAGUGCUGGGCAAGGUCGUCUUCAGUCUUACACCAGAGCAGAAAGUGCCUUUCACAUUUGGACUAGUGGACACUGAAGGUUCCUGCUGUGCAGUCAUGGUGUAUAACAUGGCAGAGAGCUGGGGUGUGCUGAUUGGAGAUUCAGUAGCCAUUCCUGAGCCACAUGUGAAAAAUCAUCAUAUAUCUCACAAAGCAAAGACCUAUACAUUCCAGAGUAUCCGUGUGGAGUCCCCACUUAUGUUGGUAGUGAAUGGGAAAAAACAGGCACCUACCUGUCAAGUGGCAGCUACUGUUUCAUACAAGCCACAAAGUGACUAAAUGCGCGUGAGAAGAAGAAUGUGAGCAGCACACUGCAAAAGAAAUAGGAUGAGAGGACCUUUCUGAACAAUGGGUGACUUGGAUCAAAAGAUGUUUGGAAAAGCUGGCUUUUCUUUGUCUAACUUAUUCAGAUCAUAAAUGAGUUUUGUUUGUAUUUUUGUUGAUUUUUUUUUUUUUCUUUUGGUGUCUGUGGCUCCAGCUUCUAAAUUUCAAAGGUGCUGUGAGUGACGGAGGAUUUCAGAUAAAAAUGCACCACUCCCUAUUUUUCCAGGAGUAAACAACAAAGUUCUUUACAGUGGGGUUAUUGUGGUCAUGCAUACAUGCAGUUAUGUGAAUUUCACAAUGUGGUCUGGAGCCUUAAAAUCUCAAAAUAGCCAUUGCAAGUAUCUGAAAGAGAAGUGGAUAUGGAGAUUAUUCUGCUAGCAUUCAUAGUUGUAUUUGUGUAAAACAGAAGGAACACAUUUGCAACCUGUGUGUUUAAAAGCAUUUCUGUCAAUGAAAGAUAUUUGCAGAAAUGUUUUCUCUUGUAAAUGCUCAUCCUGCUUCAUAAUGCAAGUGUGUCAGCUGAACAUGUGAAGAGAAACAGCAAAUGUUUUACACUAAUGAUCACUACAAGCAAACCAGCACAUCUUUAGCUCCUGCAUUAAAAAAAUGAAGACUCCUGGGGAAACCUUAAAGGAGUGAUUUCUCUUUAAGUGUCUUGGAGUAAUCAGUGACAAGAACAUAUUCUGCAUUUGUCAAUAGCACAGUUUGUGCCCAUGUGUACAAAUGAAUCAGGAGUACCUGCUACAGAAGCUGCCAUGUAUUGAUUAGUUUCAGCUUUGCAGUGUUGCACUGCAGCAUGGGCCGCAUUGUGGCUUACACCUAAUUUUGUGUGGUUUAAAUUGGGGCAGUACGUUUCAGCUUGUGGAAUAUGUUCACUUGUACCAUCUUUUACUAUGCAAUGGCCCGAUUUUACAUUACAGUAAAUAACGAAAUUGAGAACUGACAGUGAGGUGACAUGUAUUGAUGUUCUGUUUACAGUUUUAUAAAAUACAUUUUUUAUUUGACA